UUCACGGCCAAUGUCAGUCGAUACUCAGCUCUUCAACUAUACGUAUCUGUAGAAUGGUAAGAAAAACAAAAAAAGACGACCGCACACCAUCGGUGGUUCCUGAAGUGGUGAUUACUGAUCAGCCAGACGAAGGAGAAAUUCAUGAGCAUAAUACUAAAUCCAGAGAUCCAUCACGUGAUCGCAGCUCGCGGUCAGUGUCCAUCUCUCGUCUCAAAGCUGGAGAUCCUGUAAGAAAAGAAAUGAUGUUUGUUCGAGAAAAGUCUCCCUUUGAAAUAGGGGAGAAUCGAGAUAUUCAGUUAGCUUCUUCAAAAGCUAUAAUUGACAAAGCUCUUAUUAUGGAUGUGUCUGGAGGAAUCACAAAAGUUGACGAAUAUGUGUCGUUAUUUUUUUCUCCGGGCUGUGUAAUUGACGCUGCAGUUUGCGAAGAUAUUUCCACGCAACAAACCAUCGAAGUUGUGGUGGUUGAGGAAGACGAAACACCCGACAUAGUGAUCGAACCUUUAGAAUUAGAUGAAUCAGAGAAAGUAAAUAUAUCACAGAAAAGCAGUGAAGAAGCUGCAAAUGAAACAGAAAUUGAAUUAUCUAACGUCAUUGAUGAACAUACCUUAACAGAAACUGCUGAAACUGCUGAAUGCGAGAAUAAAUCUUUUGAAAGCAAUAUUAAUGGCGAGGUUAAUGAGCAGCAAAUCAAUGACAUAGUUGAAGAAAAGCAAGAAGUGGUAGAAGAUAACAUUGAAACAGAGGACAGUGUACCUGUUAAAGAUGAAGAGGAAUCGGUACAAGAAGAAGAAGAAGAAGAAGAAGAAGAAGAAGAAGAAACAGAAUCGUCAUCUGAUGAAUCUUAUGAAGAAUUAGUCGAUCCAUCAUUAUGGCGUGCUUUCGAUCCUAAUAGUGAAGACCCAACGGCUUGGUUUUACAAGCCGGCGGAAGAGAUUAGUCCAGAACUCACAGAAAAAGAAAAGGAUGAAGAAUUCAGAAGAGCCCGGUUAACAAGGCGAAUUCCCGUAUUUUUGACAAACUUAACAGAUCGAUCGGGAUCUUUUGGGUCCGAAAUCAAACUUCAAUGUUCUAUAGAGGGGCUAGAAACUACAUGCAAAUGGUUAAAAGACGAUCAAUUAGUGGAAAGAACACCUCUAUUACAAACCAUGGCGGUCGAUGGACUCUACACGUUAGUAUUGAAAGAUGUCAAAAAAUCGGAUGAAGGAGUUUAUACCAUUAUUGCAAAAAAUAGAGGAGGGGAGUCAAGCUCAUCAGCUAGAGUGAGGGUAUACGAGGAUCCAAGAGACCGAGUUGAACUACCCACUAUAAUAAAAAUCAGAGAUUAUUAUCAUCAUGCGCUGAAUGAUUUGAUAAUUGAGUGUCAAAUAAUGUCUAAACCGAGCUGGUCCAUACCAGACAUCAGCUGGCUAAAAGGAGAAGAACCUGUUAAAUUAGACAACAGAAUUCGUGCAACUUAUGAGGGAAAUGAAAUCUUUCAACUAAACAUAUACAAUCCUUCGCUAGAAGAUAGUGGAGUAUAUACCUGUCUGGCGAAGAAUUCAGCUGGCGAGCGACAAAUUUCGCAUGAAGUUGAUUUCACAGCUAAGGUACACUAUAUUCACCUACCAGGAAUGCACCACGCAGAUAAAAAGGUUUUGACCGAGGAAGAACUUUUAGAAAAGCAAGAAAAUGACUUAAAGUUGGCUCAAGAAAAACUUGCUUUACGCGGAUCAUCAAGACCGCUCCCUCCUCCCGAACCAUACACAGAAGAAUCAUUCGUUAUACGUGACUCAAAAAAUAAGCUCACGUGGGCGGGGCAGUUACAUAACAUAACCGUUCAAAAAGGUCAAAUUGCGAAAAUGAUUUGUUCAGUAAAUGGUACCCAAGCUAUACUGAAAUGGCAAAAAAAUGGAAAAGCAAUUGAGUAUAACGAUCGUGUUAAACUCUUAAACAGUGGUGUCAUUGGGCAAAUACUAAUCAAUGGUGUAACAAAAAAAGAUGCAGGUGAAUAUGUUUGUUCUGCAAAAAAUAACUACAAUGAAAUAAAGACUACUUGCGUGUUAAAGGUGAUUCAGUUGGUUACAGCAGAGACAUCGCCACCUACGUUCACAAAAGCUAUCAAGGAAUUUUACGACUUGAGAGCGAACGAUCUUGUCCUGGAAACACAGGUGCAUGGUGUGCCAAAUCCAGAUAUACAGUGGUAUAAGGAUGAUGAUAAAAUAAUCUACGAUGAUAAGUUGAUGCUGAGUCGCGAACCGAAUGGGAAGUAUCAACUGCGUAUACAUAAACCACAUGUUGAUGAUUGCGGCAUAUAUGAAUGUCGAGCUAAUAAUAGUGAUGGGCAGUCUAAGGUUAAGCACGAAGUGAAAUUUAACUCUAACGAAACUUUUGUUCAUGCGCAUAGAGUUGAACAUGCUGAACGGUUUAAAAGGCUACUCGAAGAAGAAACAGAACUCAGUAUUGCUCAAAGUAUAAUACAAGAAACACAACCACCAGACGAGAAAAGUGAUGUGAUAAACGAGGCAGGCAACGAACAUAUCAUACAAGAUUCAGAACCAGGGAAAGAGGAAUCAGCAGAUAGUAACAGUAUUGAUCCGGCAACUGAUCAAACACUUAUCAAAGAGCCAACUCUUCCUAAACCAAAACCAGUAGUUAAGCCAAGAAGUAUGCCCCGACGAAGAUUUGAAGAAGGGCCUUCUGAGCCCUAUAUUAUAAGAGAUUCAAAAAAAAAGCUUUUAUGGGAGUCAAAGCUAAAAAACCUUACUGCACAAGAAGGUGGCAACAUAAAACUCGUAUGCAUUGUAGCUGGGCCCCAACCUCAAUACAAGUGGUUUAAAAAUGGAAAACCACUAGUGUGGAGCAAAGAAAUUAUAAAUGCUACAAAAGCUGAAUUUGGAUGCAUUAAAGUCAACCAUGUAUCGUUAUCAGAUGCAGGGGAAUACACAGCACAAGCCAAAAAUGCUGAUAGUGAAAUCGAAUGCUCAUGUACAGUUACGAUAUUUCCUGGUACUGUAGAAGUGAAAACAAAACCUACAUUCACUAGGAUAACAGAUUAUUAUGAUAUUCGAUCCAACGACUUGAUACUAGAAGUUCAGGUUCGGGGAACUCCGACUCCAGCAUUAUUAUGGGAAAGAGAUGGACGAGAGCUGAAAAAUGGAAUGGAGAGAGUAAUGAUAGCUCGAGAAAAAGAUGGAGUAUACAAACUAAGUAUCCACGAUCCUGUUAAACUUGACGGUGGCCAUUGGGUUAUCACAGCUAAAAGUAUUGCCGGAGAAGAGAAAGUAAAACAUCAUGUCAUAUUCAAAGGGAAAGAGCAUCAUCAGCAUGUAGCUGGCAUUUAUCACGCUGACCUGAAAAUCGUCAAUAAUGAGGGUGAAGAAUAUUUUAUACCUGCGAGAUCUCGUUCAGCAUCUCGGGCGGCAUCUGUUUUGUCUACAAGCUUUCAACCAAGAGAACCAUCCAUGACGAUCACUGAAGAUGCUUUGAAUGUUGCGCUCACUGAAUAUGACGUACAAACUGAAAUAACAGAAGAAAGUGCUCAACCACAACCUGAAGAAAAGACCAUAAAAAAAACUCAGAAAAAAGAAUGGCGUAAAAAACUAUCAACACUUUAUAACCCACAACAGUUGCCAAUACCUGAGGAUCCUAAAAAAUCGAAAGGACUUGAAUCGAAAAAUAAACUAUUCUUCGAAGCCCAAUUGAAGAAUAUGACGGUUGUUGAAGGUAGCUCUAUUAAGUUAGUAUGCUCAUGCGUAGGACCAUCGCCUACUAUAAAAUGGUUUAAAAACAAUAUUCCACUGUCAUAUUCGAAAGUUCUGAAGAAUGACACUAAACUAGGAGUUGGAGCGAUUAACUUUACAACAACCGCAAUUGCUGACUCAGGCACGUACAAAUGUGUUGCAAGUAAUAAUUUUGGAGAAGUUGAAACUUCUUGCAUCCUGACGGUAUUCCCAGCACUUGAAGUUCAACAUGAGGCUCCAAAGUUCGUCAAGAAUGUCAGGGAAUAUUAUGAUAUACAAGUGAACGAUCUAAUCCUCGAAGUUCAAAUACGUGGUAAUCCACACCCCACUAUAAAAUGGUUUAGAGAUGGCUUAGAACUAGAUGAUACCGAAGGUGAUAAAUUUUUCCUGCUUAGAGAGCCUGAUGGUAUUCACAAGCUAACAAUACAUGAUCCACAAAUAAAAGAUCAAGGUCGCUACAUGUGUGAAGCGGAGAACAUAGCUGGCAAAGAUACUAUUCGCCAUGAAAUCAGAAAACUCAACAAAGAUUUUCAUGUUUAUGGCAUCGCACAUCAUGACCCAAGCGUAAUGAAACAUGGCAUAUAUGAAGAAAAGCCAGAAGUUGUGGAACGAGAGCACAGAGAAGUUGUAUUUCUAGAAGACGGAACAUAUUAUAUGCGUGGUCAAACACCAGAAUAUCUAUGGGAAUAUGAAACAGACACUAGUGCAGAAAGCGAAUAUGAACCAUAUGAAGGAUCUACAGAGGAAGAAAAAGAGGAAGAGGAUGAAGAUGAUGAUGAAGCCGAAGAAGAAGACAAGGAAAAUGUUGGAGAAGAUAAUGGAAAUGGGAAGGUUGGAGACAUUGAUGUGAAUGAGGUAAAGCCAGAAGUAGAUUCCGAGGAAACCGAACAAACUGAAGAUAAAUCUGACGAAGAAGAAGAAAAGUCUCCACCUCCUCCAGUUAUUAAGCGCGGACCAAAAAUUAAGAAGUUGAGAAAAAAAAAUAUUUAUAAAGAAGCACCAAAGGCUGAAUCUGAGCCGCAAAAAAUAGAACAGCUGCAAACAUCAGAAAAGUUGUUAGAAUCAGAACAGCAUCAACCUCAAGUACAAGAUACACAACCUGAAACAGUUAUAAAGGAUGAAGAGUAUCCUUUAGUUGAAGCAGAAGCAGUACAUUCUCAAGUUACAGCUGUCGAAAUCGCUGGUGUAAAAAGUGAAGAAGAACUUCGAAAAGAGAGAUACCUCCGACUGUUUCCCGAACUAAUACCAGAUCCUCCGAAACCUGAAGAAAGUAAAAAUGCAUUGAAAUUCAUAACAGAACUAAGGGAUAUAACAAUCAUGGAAGGAAAACCAACUAAACUAUUUUGCACUGUUUUAGGUCCCAAACCAGAAAUAAAAUGGUUCAAGAAUGGAGAACCCAUGGAGUUCUCAAAAACAAUCAAGAAUCAGUCUCAUGAAGGUACAGGAAUUAUAAACUUUACUCAAGUGUCUCGAUUAGACGAAGGAAUAUAUAAGGUUGUGGUUAAAAAUAAAGAGAAUCAUAUUAUUACUUCUGAAGCCAAAAUCAUAGUCAUCCAAAAACCUGAGCUUCCGAAAGGAUUAGGACCUAGGUUUAUUACUAAUAUUGAUCAGCAUUAUGAUUUUAGAGUUGACGACUUAAUAUUAGAAACACACAUUAAGGGUGAUGGUUUACUAAUGGUGCAAUGGUUUUUGGACGGAAUUGAAAUUCAAAAUAACGAAAAAUAUAUUCAAAUACGAGAGCCAAUGGGUAUAUAUAAAUUAUGCAUUCAUAAUCCACAAGCUAAGGAUAGCGGAAGGUAUACAAUUCAAGUAACGAAUGACUUCGGAACAGCUGAACAAAAAUACAAUCUACGAUUUGAAGGGAAAACUGGAAAACCAUCUUACGGGAUAUUUCAUGCAGACCCAAGGCGACAGUAUACUGAUGAUGAAGCCGAAAAACAACCAAGACAGCACCGUGAAGUAAUAUUCUUAGAAGAUGGCACUUAUUAUGUGCGAGGGCAUACUCCUCAACAAUUUUGGGAAUGGGAAACAGAUACAAGUGCUGAAAGCGAAUACGAAGAAUACAUUUCUGAAUCAUCCUCAUCCUCAGAAGAAGAGGAAGAAAAAGAGGAAGAAGACGGCGCAGAAAAAGAGGAUGGAACAGAAAACCAAGACGAUGAAAUCUCUAGCGAUAAGCAAACAGAGCAACAGACAGCCGAUAUAGAAUCAGAAAAGGAAAUAGGAGAUGAAGAACGUGAAGAAGAACAAGACGAGCCUGUUAUAGAACCACCUAAAGUUAUUAAACGAGGCCCGAAAAUUAAAAAGAUGAGAAAAAAAGUAAAUAAACCAGUUAUGGCUAUUGAUGUAUCACCUGCUCCAGCACCUGCAACUGUUCGUCAGAUAGAAAAUAUGAGCGCUGAAGUAGUUCAAGGUAUAGGAACCCCAGCAAAAAUGCGAAUAAGCCAACGAAUUCUGAGUGGGCAACCACAGGAACCUCCGUCAGAACCUAAGCCGAAGAGAAAACCAAUUGAAGUUGAGUUUAUAAGUCGUUUAAGAAAUCAAACACUGCUCAAAGGUAAAACUUUGAGCCUCAACUGUUGUUGCUCUGAUAAUCAAAAAUUAGAAGUUUCUUGGUUCAAAGAUGGUAACAAAUUUGAAAUGAACAAGCGAUGUGUUAGUGAUGUUCACUUUGGAUUUAUUACGUUGGAGAUAUAUCGUAUAACUGUUGAAGAUUCUGGAUUGUAUGAAUGCUAUGCAAAAACUGCGAACGGAGAGGCUAAGGAUUCAUGCAACAUUACCGUAUUCGAACUACCAGGCAAGGAAAUAGUUGAGUUGGUACCUCCUAUGUUUAUACAUCCUUUGAGCGAGUCUUAUCAUCCAACAACCAAUGACCUUCAUUUGGAAACACGCGUGCGAGGAAAUCCAGUCCCUACAUUAACAUGGUCAUGCGAUGGAAUUGUGAUACCACACAGCACAGAAAAGUUCGAAAUCUUUAAUCAGCAUUACUACGAGCUUGGAACAAAAAUCACUAAUGCUACUCUCAUUAUUAAUAACCCUCAACUGAAAGACAGUGGUAAAUACAUCUUAAGGGCUAAAAACGAAGUGGGGAAAGUAGAAGUUAUACGGCAAGUUAAAAUAGGUUUACGAUCCGAACAUCUUAAAAAGAAAAGGAUGGGUGAUGUAGUUAUUCAAAAUGAAGCUCCAAGGAUAAUACCAAAACCACCUACUCCAGAACCAGAACCUGAGCCAGAACCAGUAGCAGAACCAAUUAUUGAAGAAGAAAUCGUUCAAGAGGAACCAACAGAAGAAGAGGAAGAAGAAGACGAAUGGUGAAGACUGUGAAUAUAGAAAUGGGACCAUCAUUCAUGUUUUAAAUGCAUCUUAGAGUAGCGAAUUGUUUAUAUUUAGCUUGGUAAAUUAAAGUCUCAAUAAGUUAUAGUACAAAUUCCAAUAUAUUUGAAUAUAAAUCUCAAAAUAAAUAAUAAAUAAUACUGAGAGCUUUUAUAAA